CCGGCCCCCUCGCCCUCCCCGGCCCGGCAAGCACCCCGCCCCCGCCCCGGGCCGCGCUCCCGCGGAGCGGCCGACCUGAUUGCGGGCGGGCGCGCGAUGGGCAGCGGCAGCAGCCGGAGCGGCCGGGCUCUGAGGCGCCUGCGCAGCCGCGACAGCCUCCCGGCAGGGCCCGGCGGGACAGCCCCGGACGGCGGGACGGGGCCGCUGGCUGCGGCGGCGGCGGCCCGGGAGGUGGAGGCGGAGGCGGAGGCGGAGGAGGGGGCGGACGGCCGCCACCGCGACCCCGCGGCGCCCCCUGACGGCGAGGACGACACCCUGCGCCUGCUGGACGAGCUGCUGGCAGAGUCCGCGGCCUGGGGCGCGGAGGAGCCAACCCCGCGGGGCCCGGCGCGACCCCGACCCGCAGCCGGCGCCGGGAGCUCGGUGUCCUCAAAACAGAGUGCUGAGGACCACGCGGAGAGCAGCGGUGUCUCUGGAGCCCCAGGCAGCAGCCACAAGAGUCCUGAGAGACAGUCAGCCAUCUCGUACGACUACUCGGAGGAGGAGCUGAUGGCGAGCAUCGAGCAGGAGUACUGCCGCUGAGCCCGCGCUGCUCCCCCGGGGCCAGCCCUGCCUGCCCAGGCCCGGGGGUGCACCCCGCCCCCCGUCUUUGCAAGUCCAUAAUCAGAUGGUUCUGAAUGUGGGCGGCACCUGGCCUUCAGGCUUGCUGGCAAGGGUGGUCGGCUGUGCUGAGGCAGGCGGGUAGUCUCACCGAGGCGGCUCCUCCCUCAGCCUCGGGCAGGGUGCAGCUGCAAGGGUCUCCAGGAGCCAGAAGUGCUUCCCCCUUCGGACGGCUCCCUCCCCAGCCGGGCUGGGAAAGGCUCAUUGGCUCAGACGGGACACCUCAGGGUCUCUACCACAGGCCCCGCAGCACUUCAGGAAGGUUCCCCUGUGGGGGGCGCACCCGGGAGCUGGAGGGAGCGCCCUCAGUUCUGCAGAUGAAUCACCUGGAGAUGCUGUUGAAAUGCAGAUUCUGGCUGUGGGGGUCUGGGGGGUGCCUGAGAGCCUGCAUGUCUAACCAGCUCCCCCCGUGAGGCCCACGCCGCUGAACCCAGACAUGCUUGAGCAGAAAGGAUCGAGUCUAAGCUGUAGACCUUGUCUGACUCUUCUUUCCCUGGGGCCUCGGAGCACCCCCUGCCUCCCCGCAGAGGCCCGGGCCUGCAGUGGGUGUGGUGGCCCAGGGGCCCCUGUCCUGUCCUCCCUCUUGCACUAACGUGCAGUCACUUCCCUCCCUGGGCCUCAGUUUCCCUUUUCAGAAGUGACUCCCAGAGGCUCUUCUGGGCACUCCCUGCUCUGACAAGACAAUCCAGGGCUACACAAAUCCAGGUUUCCCCACCCUCCCGGGGCGCUGAACUGCUUCCCCUGCUGGGGGUGAGCACCCUGGUCCCACCUGAGAGGGUUUUCAGGAACCACAGCUCUCCUGACAGACGCCUGACAGGACCUUCUCACUCUCUUCCCACCUGGUGGAAGGUAGAAAAUCAGCAGUGAAAAAAUCCCCAGCUGUCAAUGAGAAGCCCACUUGCCAAGGGCGAGUGACCCGGAGGCACCUGGAGGGGAACCGCAGCCUGUUUGGAAGGCGGGCCUUCCGCUGAGGGCGUGGGCGUGGGCGUGGCUGCCCUGGGACCUUCCUGGUGGGGCGUGGUCAGAGCCAGGAGGCCUCCCUGGAGCUCUGGCAGGGCCUUCGGUGCAAAGGCACACGUGGGGGCGAUGGCAGCUUUUGCCCGGGCCAGAGUAGGCCUCAGCUUGUCUGUACCACUGACACGGUGGCCUCCCUGGUGUCGCCGGCAAGAUGCAAGGGCAACUUGGAAACCACUGAGCAGGCAUUUGGCAUGUCCCCAGACCUUCAGGCCUGUGGCCGCCGUGGGCAGAUGGGUGUCUGCUAUGAACUGUCACUACUUGACAAGAGUGCCUGUGAUCAGAUGUCCCAUGGCUGGGAGGCUUCUCACUGCAAAGUCAGAGGCUGGAACCGCGGAGCCUUCGAACAGAUGCCCCUGAAGGGCUGGCCCAGAACCUUCGGCUCAAGACAAGAGCUAUUUCUUUUCUGACUCCAAACCGUUUCUUUUGAUGUAAAGAUUAAAGUCGUUACUAUUUUAAUAAUACAAAUACUUCUUUUAAAA